AUGGAUCCGGACAGUCAGCGGCCCAAAUUGCCAACAAAGCAGCUCGCCAUUCUGGCUGUGGCGCGUUUCGCUGAACCGUUGGCCCUGACCUCGGUGUUCCCUUACCUCCCCGAGAUGAUUGCCAGUUUCGGCGUGGAGAAGAAGGAGAUCGCAAAAUGGGCCGGUGCCACGAGCGCAGUCUUUUCACUUGCCCAGAGCUUGACUGCUGUUCCUUGGGGACGGGCCUCGGACAAGGUUGGAAGAAAGCCCGUCAUCAUGAUCGGGCUGCUCUGUACCAUGACUUGCUUUCUGAUUUGGGGUGUCUCAACGAGUCUUGCCAUGGCCAUCACUGUUCGAGCAAUUCAAGGAGCAAGUAACGGAAAUGUCGGAAUCAUCAGAACCAUGGUGGCCGAGAUGGUGCCAGAAAAAGAGCUGCAGCCAAGAGCGUUCUCCAUUAUGCCCUUGGUCUGGAGCAUAGGAUCAAUCUUUGGUCCUGCCUUUGGUGGAUUCUUUGCCAAACCUGCCGAGCGAUUCCCCUCAAUAUUCGGCAAUAUUGAAUUCUUCAAGGCUUAUCCCUUUGCUCUGCCAAACAUACUCGGAUCAAUCAUAUUCCUCGUUUCCGUCACGACCGGCACUCUUUUCCUGAAAGAAACACUGGCAAGUAAGCGUGACACGAAGGAUUGGGGUCUGGUGCUCGGUGAGCGGAUCAAGGCAGCUCUCCCAGGACGGCAACCUAAGCGGACGAGACGCUAUUCAUUCCAGGACGAUGAGGCUUCAGCACCGUUAUUACGCUCAGACAUGUCUCGACAAGCCAAUUCGAAAUCAGCUGCCAAACAAGCACCCCCAGCACCGCCAUCGUAUCGUUCAGUCUUUUCACGGCAGUCCGUCAUUAAUUUGAUCUCUUAUACCUUCCUGGCCCUUCACUCCGUCGCCUAUGAUCAAAUCCUUCCUGUUUUCCUCAACUACCCGCGCGACGAACAUGACCCAGCUGAUUUCCGACUCCCCUUUGUCUUUACUGGAGGCUUUGGUAUGAGUUCAGGAAGUAUUGGAACUAUUUUCACCGUUUACGGACUAGUUUGUGGUUUGAUUCAGUUCCUGAUAUUCCCCCCAUUAUGUUCCUACUUUGGUGUUUUGAACUGCUUCAAGGCGUGUGCCGUCACAUUUCCACUUGUGUACAUCGUGACACCAUUCACAACUCUGAUUGAAGACGAGACUACGCGCGUGUGCAUGCUGCUAGUAGUCAUGUCGGUGAAAGCCUGCUGCGUCAUCAUUGGUUUUCCCUGCACCACCAUCUUGCUCACAAACAGUGCGACAAGCCUGAACAUUCUCGGCACUCUGAAUGGAUUCGCGACAACUUUCAGUGCUUUGGGCCGUGCCUCGGGACCAGCAUUGGCCGGUGGUGCUUUCACUUGGGGUGUGAGAAAUGGUAUAAUUGCCAUUCCGUGGUGGCUCCUCGCUGUUAUUGCAGCGAUUGGAGCGAUUCCGGCUUGGUGGAUCGAGGAGGGCGAUGCACCAUCAACAUCUGCAGCUGCUUCUACCCCAGCAUCCGACUCGGAUGCUGAUAGCCAAGAGACCGUCAUCGAGGACAAUCGCACCACCAGUCCCGAAGCAUCGAGGUCGCGGGCCAUUGUCUUUGCUGAUGGUGCGGACCAGUUGAAUGCUCGAGAGGAUGAUUCCGUGAUUCAUGAUCCUACAGGUCAUGAUGACCUGCCCCUCGUGGGAAGCAUGCGUAGCAAUAGCGGCAUGGACUAUGCCGGCAUGACAAGACAGGGAAGCAUAUCGAAAAAUUCUGGGCCAAGCUAUGGGUCCAUCAAGAACUAA